AUGCUUGUCCAGUCGCAGUGUCUGUGUGCCGAGUACACCGGUCAACCCCCGGCCGCAUUCCGAGAGGACGUCCGCUGUGUGCAUGCCCCAAUCUCCUUUGCCUCGCUCUCUCUCUCUACAACCGGCACUCGUCAGCACAACCUUCUCACCAUUACAUACUCGUUUGUGUGUGUGUGUGUGUCUUGGUGUGUAUAUAUUGGAGUGAAUGACGAGUGGUUGCAGGAGUAUAUUCACAUGCAACUGGUUGUCAGCGCGUGCGUACAAACAACAACCGACAGUCGACAACAGCUCGCAAUAGGUCAAAGCAACGCUCUUCUCCUCUCAGCUUCGCACUCUCACCCUCCCCACCCCAGACACACCCUCAACGCCGGUCCCCCUCCCGUGUUGGGUACAAAGACUCCCCCGACUGAGGACAAAUGGUGCAUUCGGCCAAGCCACUCGGCCUUCAUUUGCAUUCAUCCACUUCUCACUUCCACCAUCUCUCUCCCCCUCUCAGCCGAUUCUGCUCGUCCCCCAACUCGGAAUGUCGCCAGCCAGUCCGAUCGAAGCAUACAACUCUCCGUCCCCUGCCACCCCAACGGUAGCGGAAUGUACCAAAAGGCAGAAAGUGACUUGUAG